AUGAAGGGUGAUACUGCUUCAACAGAAUCCAGACAAGGUAUUGGCGAUGACUUCGAAGGGCCAGGAUACUGUUUUUUCAACGACGACAGGUUUUGCACCCCCACUCUUGCCGUGGCGGGUGAUUUCUUGGUUGUAAUCUGCGAAGAGCACUACAUGGUGAACAAAUCGAGAAUAAAUGGUUCGAUGAUUAUGAUGAAAUACGUUGAGUACAAUGCGAGCACGUGGAUGCAGGAACUGCUCAGGGAUAAUGGAGGGGCGUGGGGCACAAGUAUUCCUUUCAAUCAUCUUACGAAGGCCAAUUAUACUUUUGCGGUGGGCCCUGCCGCAGUCAGUGCUGAGAAAAACCUCUACCUUUUUUACGGGGCCUACCAGAAGACCCAAAAGCCGUGGACACAACCGAGGGACCGAAGCUACUGGGAUCCGUUUGUGACUGUUGCAGUGACGGAACGGCCAGAUGGGCUCAAGGGGUUAUGGCUGACUAAUUCCGUUAACUUGAAGUCCCGAAUUGAGGAUCAACUUGACGGAGGCAAUUUGAUUCAACUUAUUGGGGGAGGUGGGGCGGGCAUUAUGUACGCGCCCGGAAUUCCUGUAUACCCAAUGCAAGCUACAAAUAAGAAUGGAAAGGUCGUCUCGCUGAUCAUGCAUUCGGUGCAGCACCGUUUCAAUUGGUCGCUCUCGGAAGGAACAAGUGAUGAGGGCUGCACGACUCCCACAGUCGUCGAUUGA